AUGGUCGCUUGGAGCGACCUCCUGACCGAAGCAGUUUACUCCGUCGUUCUUCGAGAAAAGCCGCACCAUGGCCCUAGCCUCAUCUCCUACGUUUGGGGCGGCAUUAGCUGUGGCCGGCUUCUGGCACUCUUAGCUGUCGGAGAGGUGAUGACGCAUUUCGGCAACCGCACCUCGUACUUGAUCGCAACGCCCAUGGCCGUCUUGUCGCUGCUGGUGCCACUGAUGAAUCUUCCCCAGGAGACCCGGUCGAGAGCUCGCUGUGGAGCCAAGUUGGCUGGGUCUGAGCUACCGCUGGCCAUUGUCGCCUUCAUCACGGGCUGCGGAACCCUGGGCCUGGCCUUGCUUUCCAUUUUUGGAGGGAGCCUUCAGACGAAGGUCUUUGCUGCGGCAUGCUUGGCUGUUUUAGCCCUGGGCCUGGUCUCCUGCGCGCUCUCCCCCAUCAUCGCGAAGAUGAAUGCGUUCUUCUUCAUCCAGAACAUCUGUUCCUUUGGCAUCGGAGGCAUCUCGUGGGAUGUGUUGAACUUUGGUUUCGGUGCUGGCUAG